GGUACAUUUUAAUUAUCAGUUAAGAUGGAUAUCCGAGGUGCUGUAGAUGCUGCUGUCCCAACAAACAUUAUUGCUGCCAAAGCUGCUGAAGUUCGGGCAAACAAAGUAAACUGGCAGUCGUAUCUCCAAGGGCAGAUGAUUUCAGGUGAAGACUGUGAAUUUAUUCAAAGAUUUGAACAGAAAAGAAAUCCAGAAGAAAAACAGGAGUUGUUGCAAACAGAAGGCAAUCAAUGCGCUAAAACAUUUAUAAACUUGAUGACUCAUAUCUCCAAGGAACAGACGGUUCAGUACAUUCUGACUAUGGUUGAUGAUAUGCUGCAAGAAGAUCAUCAGCGUGUUUGUAUCUUCUUUGAUUAUGCAAAACGUGGUAAAAACACUGCAUGGUCCUAUUUUCUGCCGAUGUUAAAUCGACAAGAUCUUUUCACUGUGCAUAUGGCAGCAAGAAUUAUUGCCAAACUGGCUGCGUGGGGGAGGGAACUUAUGGAAGGCAGUGACUUGAAUUACUAUUUCAACUGGAUUAAAACUCAGCUCAGUUCACAGAAACUACGUGGUACAGCGGGUUCUAUGGAAGCAGGAGCAGUCUCCACAAGUGAUAGUUCCCAGUAUGUACAAUGUGUUGCUGGAUGUCUGCAGCUGAUGCUCAGGGUCAACGAAUAUCGCUUUGCAUGGGUAGAAGCAGAUGGAGUAAAUUGUAUCAUGGGGGUCUUGAGCAACAAAUGUGGCUUUCAGCUCCAGUAUCAGAUGAUUUUCUGUGUGUGGCUGCUGGCAUUUAGCCCUCAAAUGUGUGAAUAUCUCCGUCGGUAUAAUAUUGUUCCGGUGCUGUCAGAUAUUCUGCAGGAGUCUGUCAAAGAGAAGGUGACUAGAAUCAUCCUUGCAGCAUUUCGGAAUUUAUUAGAGAAAUCAACUGAGAGAGAAACUCGCCAAGAAUAUGCUCUUGCCAUGAUUCAGUGUAAAGUUUUAAAGCAGCUAGAGAAUUUGGAUCAGCAGAAAUAUGAUGAUGAAGACAUAAGUGAAGAUAUCAAAUUUCUACUGGACAAGCUUGGUGAGAGUGUGCAAGACCUUAGCUCCUUCGAUGAGUACAGUUCUGAGCUCAAGUCAGGAAGACUGGAGUGGAGUCCUGUACACAAGUCUGAGAAAUUUUGGCGGGAGAAUGCUGUAAGACUAAAUGAGAAGAAUUAUGAACUACUUAAAAUCCUGACAAAACUUCUGGAGGUUUCUGAUGACCCACAAGUGCUGGCUGUAGCUGCUCAUGAUGUGGGAGAAUAUGUACGACAUUAUCCCCGUGGGAAACGAGUGAUUGAACAACUUGGUGGUAAACAGCUGGUAAUGAACCACAUGCAUCAUGAAGACCAGCAAGUUCGUUACAAUGCACUACUGGCUGUGCAGAAGCUGAUGGUCCAUAACUG